AUGAAUGCAAGUAGUCAAUCAACAAUUGAAUAUCUUAAUUUCAUAAGAUUUCAAUUAAAUCGUUAUAUUCCAAUAACAUGUCUUAUUCUUGGAAGUAUUGGUCAUAUAUUAAAUAUAUUAUAUUGCAAAUUUUCUCUUUAUGUUGGUUUAAUAACACCUUUUCUUGGAACAUAUAAUCUUGAUCCAACACAAAUAUCUAAUAUUUUAUGUAAAAUACGUUUUUAUCUUCGUUAUUCAACAAUUACACUUUCAACAUGGUUUAUUCUCUUAGCAUGUAUUGAUCGAUUAUUUUCAACUUCUAAUAAUGUUAAUAUUCGAUUAUGGAGUUCAAUAUAUUUAACUAAACGUAUUAUAAUUUUAGCUACUGUUAUUUGUUUUAUUUGUCCUUAUACACAAGUAUUUUAUUGUUAUAGAGUAUCUCAAGGCGUAUUGUGUACUUUGACAAAUCAAACAUGUAAAUUAUUAAGUGAGAUUAUUUUACUUAUAUGUAAUUCUGGUUUACCACCUAUAUUAAUGAUAUUAAUUAGUAUAUUAACAAUUCGUAAUGUUAAAUAUUCAAAUCAUAUUGUUGGUGGUAGUCGUCGUCGAGAUGUACAAUUAAUACGAUUAUUAUUUAUACAAGUAUUUUCUUUUAUUCUAUUUGGUAUACCAAUAACAGCACAAAAAAUUUAUUCAUUUUCAACAAUUCUUAUGAUAAAAAGUUCAUUAACAAUAGCUAUUGAUAAUCUUAUUAAUCAAGUAUCAACUGAAAUUUCUUAUAUUAAUAAUAGUACAAUAUUUUAUACAUAUUCAUUAACAAGUAAAAAAUAUCGAAAAGAAGUUUUUCGUAUUUUAUUAUUAUUAUGUACACGUUAUCGAAAGAUUAAAAUAUACCCUAAAGAAUCUAUUGGUUCGACAAGAAUAAAUCAAAAUAAAAUAAUUGAAAAAAUACCUAAUAAAUCAUAUAAAUUGAAUAUUCGAAAUAGAACUGAAAUACUUUGA